CUCAUUCGUUCGAGCAAUGAAGAACAUUGUAUCAUUGAUGAAGAACAAUAGUUUGAAGACUCAAAAGUAAAGGCUACAUUGCCCAUUCUUCUUUGAUACAAUGUUGAAAGUCUUUGACACGUUGCUGGGCAUCACGAGGCCAGACGAUAACGAGUUAGAAGAGGAGGGCAAAGAAGAACAAAAACUUGACACUGACGGAGAAAUGGGUCAACAGGAGUUACAUGCGAGUGAUAAGAGUUCUCAGGAGGACGAACCCAUUCAACAGCAACAAGAAGGAGGUUUUCUAUUCAGUUUGGCCAGAAAUGCCACGGCACGGCUCACAGAGACUUUUAAGGGGAAUAUUGGUGGUAUCCUUGACAAGACAAUUAUAGGGGACUUUCAUCAGGAGCAAAAGAAGUUUGUACAAGAAAGAUUGAGAAAACCACAAGCUUCCGCGACAGAGCCUCCGUGGGUGGGUUACAGUGAUGAGGACACCAUUCAACAACAAAUCCUGGCCCUGUCAGUGGACAAGAGGAACUUCCUGUGCGACCCCCCUGACGAGAUCCAGUUACAGUUUGAAUACGAGGAGAUGUCUCCUGUCGCUAUGGUGAUGCUACAGGAAGAUGAACUGCUGAGUCAGAUGCGCUUCGCCCUGGUCCCCAAACAUUUGACAGAGGAUCGAUUCUGGAGGAACUAUUUCUACAGGGUGUCCCUCAUUACGCAGUCAGCCCAGUUAAAUUCACUCACAACACCAACGUCACCAACAGCACCAGCAGCAACUCCAGCAUCAACAGUGGCAUCUCCGGAUAUGAUCAGCCUGGAUGACGUACAGAUCGAGGAGAGAAAGCCAUCAACUCCACCCACUACAGUGACUGCAGAAGAGUCAAAUUUGGUUGAAGAUGAAUUUGUUAGCGAUGCAUUUGAUGGCUGCAGCAUCGACCCAGAUGAUUUGCGUAAGGAGAUGAGACAAACAUUAGACAGCAUGGAGAAAGCUGAAGACGACUCAACAGCCUUGCAAAAUGACUCUGAAAAACCUUCAUCUGAAGACAGUUGACUUUGGAUGGAAUGAACCAAGAGCUCACAACAAACAGAGCAAAGGAUCUGGGAAUGUGGAAUGAGCAUGGAAAUUAGAACAGCACAGGUGGCUAUUAACCUGACCUUGUUCUUCCCACCUUGCUGAAGAACGGUGGUGGGCAACAUGGACUCAUUAGGUACAAUUCAUUGCCACAUUUUCCAAAUGUCCGGUUUUUAAUUAAGUCCAGUUCAGUCGGUUGAUCAUUCAAGCAGGCUAUCACCUGGUGAAAUUGGACAGGUAAAAUCAUUUGAAAUAUGUGGCAGUAGAACUAAUGAUUCCUGGUUGCCCGGCCCUGUUGAGGUACCAUGUCAAAUGUUUACAGUGGGACACUGGCAGUGGCAUGCACAGACAUUUUGGGGGGGCAGGUGCUGAAGGUGGGGGGUGCGGGCAUGUGGAACUGCUUUACUAGGUUAUAGAGGCUAUAUAUUAUUUCAGGGCAUUAUUGUCACAUGCUUUUGGUCACGAAGCAGUUGUUGAUUAUUCUGUCAACAUGGACCACAGUACAUUGUGACAAAAACUUAAAAAAAUGUUUUGUUUUUUUUGUCCAGUCGGGCAAAGGGACAGGUGCUUUAGCACCACCUUGUCCCCAUCUUUGCACGCCUAUGAGUAUGAAUACUGGGUUGGGAUUGGAUGUGGAGCUAUGAGAUAUGGAAUAACUAUUUAGGGGUUAAUGACAACCAGAGGUGCCAAUCCCGCUACCAGGAAGCAGCUAACCAUUCUCUGAAUUGGCUGAUUCAUAUGAGCACACAUCAACGGAGGGGUAAUUGGGCAAUCAUCAGUGUUAAGGGCACAUGCAAAGGGAAUACGUGUCCAUAGCAGUAUCCACAAAAGUGACCCUGUGCAUGACACGUUCCUGAUGCUGAUGCCUUCUGAUGUCACCCCCUUGGCAGUCUUAACAGAGACAAGAACAAGACAAGAAUCCCCCUCAUAUAAUGUAAUGGUGGACCAAUUUUGGAUACCCCUCUCCCUGAGCCUGGAAGGAGAGGAGACAAAUCCCACUGACCAUACGUCAGUAAAUAUUUGACAAGACUGAAGACCCAAAAACUGAUCACCCUGAUUUAAUGUUGAAUAUCGAGAUAACUAACGAUCAAAAAGCUGUUUCAGUCAUGAGGAAUACAUGGUAGAGUUUUUGUUUUCUGAACCUCCUUACUGCCCAUUUUGCCUCUGGGCAAAAGAUUGGAUGUUUAUUUCUGUACUGUCUAUGUCUAUACUGUCUAUGUCCUUACCUAGAUUAGUCUAUGUCUGCAUGGGAGAGCAAGAAACGUAAUUUCAAAUUCUUUGUAUGACCAGUGCAUGUAAAGAAAUUGACAAUAAACUUGACUUGACUUGA